AUUCGUUGAAAUAAAACUAGAAACAAUUGAGCAUGCCAUUGAUCAGGCCAUAAGACAUUGGACUACUUUUCGGCUUCUCAAGAUCCAGAAAGCAAAAAGGUGUGUAAUGGUUGAUUUGGCAAGUGUGAAGGUUAUUCCUGAUCAUUUUGAGGUGCCAACGUCAACUCCUUGUGACCCCCAAACAGCAAAUCCAGACACUCAGCCAAGCAGUUAUUUGAGGUUUCCUAGUACAUUGUGGACACAGAGAAAAUUAAAGAGGAGCAUGUCUAUGCUGAGCUUUAUUCUUCCAAGGGUCCCAUGGGGAUCAAGCUCCAAUGAUGAUAAUAAGGUUGAUCAAGCAGAGCAAGUUGAAUCACUUAGGUUGGAAAUUGCUAGUGCUGAGGAGAGAGAGGCUCAUCUUAAAGCCCGGCUGGAACACCUGGACGAACGUUUGAGGUUUUCCAAUCUUGCUGGCUAUUUGUAUAUACGAACUAGAUGGACAGCUUUACCAGGAGAACCACCCAUAGAUGAUACAGAUGUAGAUGAUUGGCUUCAGCGUUUUGUUGUCCUCCAUGGUUCAUGUGUUUUCUUUUAUCUUCAGUCAAUAGACUUGAGUCCACAAGACUCUGUCCUGGUUACAGAAAUAGUUGAAGUUGGAGACUUACCAAAUUUUAUCUCAGAAGACUCAACACGAUUUUCAUUUUAUAUCUUGACUUGUCAUGGACUACGCUAUGAGUUUUCCACUCAUUCUAAAGCACAGGUGGAUUCAUGGUCAACUGCUAUAAGAAAUGAAAUGAAUUCUGGUGUGCUUCAUAAUGAUCCGAAGACAGAGAAAGCCAAACCUUGGAAAUUUCUCCUGGUUUUUCUACUUUCUCCAUUAGAGCUGGAAGAUGAGCUCUCAGAUCUUCAGAACCGCUUCGAAGGCUGCCAAGUCAGUCGUAUCAGCGUCUCGAUCUUCACUUGUUUCAUCUGGACGGGCCACAGCAGCAACAACCAUUAUAAGGGAAGGGGCCUUUCUUCUCUUGCUUUCCAUAAUGAGCAAGCAUAUUCUAAUAAUGCUUUGAGGGGAUGCAUUUCUGGGGCCCUGUGUCUUCCAAUGGCUGUUUACAUGCUGCACGACCAAACCCAAGCUGCCGAGCUGGAACGUACUUUUAUUGCUAUUAAGCCAGAUGGAGUACAAAGAGGCCUGAUUGCAGAGAUCAUCUCACGGUUUGAACAAAAAGGAUACAAGCUUGUGGCCAUUAAACUGGUGGUUCCAUCAAAGGAAUUUGCACAGAAACAUUACCAUGAUCUCAGUGAGAGACCCUUCUUUAACGGCCUAUGUGAUUUCCUUAGCUCUGGUCCAGUCCUUGCUAUGGUCUGGGAAGGUGAAGGAGUCAUAAAGUAUGGGAGGAAGCUUAUUGGAGCUACGGAUCCGCAGAAAUCUGAGCCAGGAACAAUCAGAGGCGACCUUGCAGUUGUUGUUGGGAGGAACAUUAUCCACGGAAGUGAUGGGCCAGAGACAGCUGUGGAUGAGAUAAACCUGUGGUUUAAACCAGAGGAGCUUGUCAAUUACACCAGCAAUGCCGAGAAAUGGGUCUAUGGUGUCAACUGAUUAUUAUAAUGAUACAAUAAAACCUCAGGUUUUUUCUUCCUAAUGACCUGAGUUACUUUUUACUUGCUUCUAAUAUAUAUAUAUAUAUAUAUUUAAUUCAAGAGCCACCCAUAUUGGAAAGGCUUUUCAAUGAAUAAUCAUUUUUUAUGAGAUGUAAACAUCAAUCUCUUGUACCUCACUGAGAACCAUUUUAUCGUUUCUGAUGGAAGAUAAUGCUAUGGGCUUAAUAAAAAUGAUUUCCUAGAGGUCGUGCAAAUC